AGAAAAAAAAUGGGCUGAUCUUGAUCAGCGGGUACAGGAAAUUGAGUCAAUCGUCAUGGUUACAAAAUCAGACUGGAAACAGUAUUUCAUUGCUCAUUUUGGGUGUGUAAGAAAAACGUGGUAAAUGCUGGACCAAGAGGGGCCAUGAUCAGAUCGCUGGACAAAACAGAAGCAAAAUUAGGACAUAUUACAACACGGAUUUCAUAACUGCUUCAAUGGAUACAAAAACAGCUACAAAUGGCACAGUCCACAAUGACUCCAACUACUGUACAAACCUAUAUGAUCAUCGUACCUGGGCACAGGUUUUCCUACCUGUGGUGUAUUCCAUAAUUUGUAUUGUGGGAUUUUUGGGCAAUGCCUUGGCUUUGCAUGUCAUUUGGCCUAACAUGAAAAAAAUCAACUCCACCACGCUCUAUUCGGCCAAUUUGGUGGUGUCGGACAUCUUGUUUUCGCUCGCUCUGCCUUUCCGUGUGGUUUACUACGGCAAGGGGUUUCACUGGCAAAUGGGGGAAGGAGUAUGCAAGGCCACAUCCCUGCUGCUCUACAUCAACAUGUACUCUGGCGUCAACUUUAUGACCUGCCUAAGCGUCGAUCGAUUCAUCGCCGUGGUGUUACCCCUGCGCUUCUCUCGGUUUCGAAAAGUUCAAAACGUGCGGUACAUAUGUGUGGCCGUGUGGAUAUUGGUGCUGAUGCAGACUCUGCCUAUGUUGUCGAUGCCGAUGACGAAUGGAGAGGAGGGCGGUUACGUGACAUGUAUGGAGUAUCCCAACUUUGAGAAGGUUGACAACUUGCCCGUCAUGCUCAUCGGUGCAGUGUUCCUUGGAUACGGCAUUCCCUUGAUCACCAUACUGGCAUGCUAUUCCGCCCUGUGCUAUAAGCUCCGCCUGCUGGCCAAAUCGAAUAAAUUGACAGAGAAAUCAGGUCGCAGUCGCAAAGUCAUCGGCGUGAUUUGUGCCGUAAUUCUCGUAUUUGUAGUUUGCUACAGUCCGUAUCACAUUGAUCUCCUGCAGUACAUGAUCAGAAAGUUGCAGUACGAACCAGAUUGCACAGAGCUACACAAGUUUCAGAUCUCCCUACACAUGACUGUGUCCCUGAUGAAUUUCAACUCAUGUCUGGACCCCUUCAUCUACUUCUUCGCCUGCAGGGGCUAUAAGAAGAAGGUACUGAGAUUGCUCAGGAAGCCAGUGAGCAUGUCCUUCUCGAGUGUGGUCAGGACCUCACCUGAGGGCUCCUCUAAAGAUGUGUUUGCAAGUGAUAAAAUGACCAUGAGCAGCAGAAUUCAAAGAGAGAGGAGCAGCGUGCUGCUGGAUGAAGAAGGGACGCAAUAGACUACACACAUGGACAUGUGUAAGACAAUUCCAAAUCAAAAGCCAAUUUUAUACCUCUGGAUUAUUAUUAUUUUUUACUAUUGUUAUAAGUUUAAAGAUAUGUUUUGCUGUUCAUAAAUUGUGCAUAUGUUUUGGUAUUAUGUACAGUAGCUAGUUUGAUAAAUUAAACUUCUUUCAAUAAUACAUGGCUGGAAUUACAAAUGUACAUUUGGUCAUAAAGCUGCCAGUAUGACCUAUUCAUAGGUUACAUUUAAUGUCAAGUACGGUAAUAGUGUUGACAGUAACAUGCAAUCAAGCAAAUCUGUUUGUUCAUUUCCUUCUGGUGUUGUAGCAUCUGACUUGAUCUCUGUAUUCACUGUAUAAAAGCACUGUAACUAGAUUUUUGUAUAUUGAAAGUGAGAGUUGCCAUACAACCGUGCAAAAUAAAGUUAUCACACAAUGCCAUACAAUCUAAAAAGAACACAUUCUUAAAAAAAAACUAAACUACGAAACAACACAUUUUUUAUACUUUUAUUACAACUUCUGUAAUCACUUUAAUUUGGUUUAAUACAAAAUCAACACAAAAUGUGUAAAAUGACAUAUAAUGUGUUAAAUAGCAUAACACAAACAAUGUGUAAUUAAGUGUAGAAAACUAUUUUUGGCUGUAUGGUUCUAUAAAGAACCUUUAACCUAUUUUAUCCAAAGAAUGUUUAUGUUAAA